AUGGCGACGCUUCAAGGGUUUAAAAUCGCAAAAGUCGCAUUUGACGCGUCUCACACUUCGCCGCAUUAUCUAUAUAUUAAAAAGCACACACACCAGAAGCAAAAUGAUCUUACGCCGCCAGGGAAAACUCUUUUUGUCGUCAAUGUUCCACCAUAUUGUACCAAGAAGGGACUGAAAAACGCGUUUCAAGGAUUUGGGCCUAUUUCCUCGGUUUAUAUUCACGAUUCUCCGGGACCAGUGUUACAACCGUCAUCAGAAUCUAAUAUUUUUCAUAAAGAAAAGUAUCAAUUCAAGGUUGCUUUUGUGGUGUUUAUAAAAUCAGCUUCCAUUGACAAAAUAAUGAAAAACGAUUUCAAUGAGACACUUCUGAUAUCAACAGACUCAAACCCAGUUAAAACCGGAAUAGAAAAAUGGUGCUUGGAAUAUAAAAAACAGUAUCCGAACCCUGAUGAUGUGCAGAAAAAGGUUGACAAAUAUAUGGCUGCAUUUGAUGCAAAAACGGAGAAAGAAAAGCAAGAACUGGAGAAAAUUGCCAACCAAACUGAUGAUGCAGGAUGGACCUUUGUAUCAUAUGGUGGUAAAAAGCCAAGUGCACCAGUUAAGAAAAUAACAACAAAGGAAAAGAAGAAGAGAGAAAAGAAAGAACUAGUCAAUUUUUACACCUUUCAGCAACGUGAAUCAAAAAGAGAACACAUAGCAGUCCUCAGAAAGAAAUUUGAGGAAGACAAGAAAAAGAUUGAAAUGAUGCGAGCUGCUAGGAAAUUUAGGCCAUUUUAAAAACUUUUAAAGAAUGGGUAACAUUUUUAAAGAAAUAUCUCAAUUCCCAAAGCCUGCUUUCAAGCUUAUUGUGAUAAUUAUUUGAGUCCUACUGUAAUCUGAAAGGCUCAAUGAUUUGAAAUGAGAGGACAAAGCCAUAUGUCAUGUUAUCUUUGAUAAAUAAUUUGCCUUCUCUACUCUUUUGA